AUGCAGCGGGAAGAGCCCUCCGAGGCCGAGGUGAAGGUGGUGGUCGUGGGGGACGGGGGCUGCGGGAAGACAUCUCUGCUGGUGGCGUUCGCCAGAGGGGACUUCCCCAAGGUCUAUAUCCCCACCGUGUUUGAGAAGUACACAGCUUCCCUCCAGGUUGCUGGCAGGCCUGUGAAGAUCCACCUCUGGGAUACUGCAGGACAGGAAGACUAUGACCGGCUUCGCCCAUUGUCCUACUCGGGUGCCAAUGUUGUCCUCAUCUGCUUUGACGUCACCGAUCCCAGCAGCUACGACAACAUCCUAACAAAGUGGUACCCGGAGGUGAACCACUUCUGCAAGGGCAUCCCGGUGCUGCUGGUGGGCUGCAAGACCGACCUGCGGCGGGACCGUGCGGUGCUGCGCAAGCUGCAGGAGGGACGCCUGGAGCCCGUGUCUUACCAUCAGGGAGAGGCCAUGGCCCGGCAGGUCCACGCCGUGUCCUACUUGGAGUGCUCGGCCAGGUACCAGGAGAACGUUGGUGGCAUCUUCACAGCGGCCUGCAGUGCUGCCCUCAGCGCUGCCCGCCGCAGCCAGCGUAGGAGGAGACCCAAGAGGGGCUGUGUGCUCUGCUGAGCCCCCCACCAUGGCCACGGGGACCUGCUCCUGUCCCCACAGCGUGACACAAGACCUCAGCUCCCGGCUGCUGCUGGACAUCAUCAGCCAUCGCUGGACCACUGUCACCCUGCAACGGGGUCUGAGAGCACAGAACUGAUUUGGGGGGGGGUCCCCUUCCUGCUGGCAGGCCAGCGAGGGAGGGGUGACGUGGGGUGACCGUGGUGCAGUGCUGACAUUAAAGCUCAACA